AUGGCCACUUCUUCCCACCACCAAUACAUCAAGGCAAAGUCUACAUAUACAACAAUGGAUUUUAUUUCCUGCCCCACUUAGGAACCACUGUCCAGUGAUCAGACUUCGUAUUUUUAGUGUGGGCUAGUGGUUAAAAAUCAGGAGUCCAGGAUUGGCUCAUAUUGUACUCAUGCCUGGGUAUAUAUCCCUGUCCUGGCACUUUAUCGUAGUACGUCUUCUUUCUAAGCUUCAGUAUACUUAUCUGUAAAAUAGGGAUACAUGUCCUCUUUAUGUGGUUUUGAGGGUUGGUUUGUGUAUAUCUGAAGUACUUAGAACAAUGCUUGGCAUAUAUAGAAAGCCCUUAAUAGAUGUUGGCUUACAAACAGGUAUACCCUAGCCAGUUCUGAAGAGCUACAGAUACUGCUUUAAUUAUACCUACUGUGUGUGCUUUGUACUAAAAGUUAUACUGUUCAAAGCUAGAGUAAUGAACCUCAUGAGCAGGGUUUCAUAGCAUUUAAGAUUCUAACACCAACUUUCAAUCAAGGCUAGAGGUGGCCUCUACUAUCCAGUUAGCUGGGCUGCCUCUAGGCUGGGUGGUCUGUGCUUGUACUUUGUUGGGUGAAAUAGCCUGACUGCUCAGUGAAGCAACAGCCAUGUUGUUUUUUGUCCUUUGGAGGCUGAAAGUAGUAGAGCCGUAAAUGCACUGGGCAGCCCAGUGCUGCCAACUGCUGUCUGAACCGCAAUACAAAGUUUGAUGUCUGUACACACUGUGUCUGCUGGCCUUCAGAUCCCAAUUCCGUUUCUCUGUCAGUUUUUCCAGUCUCCAUCUCAUUAUUUUCAACACAGAUGAUUUGUUAAAUGGAAACUGAUUUACAUUUCCUACCUGUUCAGACUUUUACAAAAACUAAAGUUGUAAAUCAGAAAAAUUGCUUUUGACACAUGUGUGGUUAGGAAAAUAUGGACAUGGUAACCUAAGCUUAGCCUUGUAAUAUAAAUCAAAAUAACCAUUCCCUCAUUGUACAAUUCUCCCCAUAUCUUAGAACAUAUUACCUUCCAUCUUUCCCUAGAGCCACCUUUUUUUGGUUUGUGUUAUUAAGAGGGUUAUUUACGAUUUCUCAGGAGUGAGCCUAGUGGGCACUACCCCUUUCCCAGUUCUUUUGGCAAUCUCUUGCUUCACCCACACAAGAUUACCAUUUGCUAGGACUUGAAUUUACUAAUUUGUUCAUACCUCAGGAGCUAAAACUCAAGUCAAGAGGAAACUGUUUUGGGGCUUCCCUGGUGGCACAGUGGUUGAGAAUCGGCCUGCCAAUGCAGGGGACACAGGUUUGAUCCCUGGUCCGGGAAGAUCCCACAUGCCGCAGAGCAACUAAGCCCAUGAGCCACAACUGCUGAGCCUGUGUGCCGCAUCUACUGAAGCCCACGCGCCUAGAGCCCGUGCUCGGCAAUGAGAAGCCACCGCAACGAGAAGCCCGCGCACCGCAACGAAGAGUAGCCCCCGCUCACCGCAACUAGAGAAAGCCCGCACGCAGCAACGAAGACCCAACUCAGCCAAAAAUAAAUAAAUAAAAUAAAUUUAUUAAAAAAAAAAAGAGGAAACUUUUAAUAAGUAACCACAGACACAGAAGUAGCGAGAAAUGAUGGGGAAAAGAUAAUCCACUAUAGCGAAGACCAAAUGAAAGGACAUGGAUUUGAUUGACAUACUUUGGAGGCAAGAUAUAGAUCUCGGGGUAAGUCGAGAAGUAUUUGACUUCAGUCAACGACGGAAGGAGCAUGAGCGGGAAAAACAGAAAAAACUUGAAAAGGAAAGACAAGAACAACUGCAAAAGGAGCAAGAGAAAGCCUUUUUCGCUCAGUUACAACUAGAUGAAGAGACAGGUGAAUUCCUCCCGGUUCAGCCAGCACAACACAUCCCGUCGGAAACCAGUGGAUCUGCCAACUACUCCCAGGUAGCCCACAUUCCCAAACCAGAUGAUUUGUACUUCGAUGACUGCAUGCAGCUUUUGACAGAGACAUUCCCAUUUGUAGAUGACAAUGAGGUUUCUUCAGCUACGUUUCAGUCACUUGUUCCUGAUAUUCCCAGCCACAUCGACAGCCCAGUCUUUAUUGCUCCUAAUCAGGCUCAGUCACCUGAAACUGCUGUCCUUCAGUUAGCCACUGCUGAUUUAGACGAUAUGCAGCAGGAUAUUGAGCAAGUUUGGGAGGAGCUAUUAUCCAUUCCAGAAUUACAGUGUCUUAAUAUUCAAAGUGACAAACUGGCUGAGACUAGCAUGGUUCCAAGUCCGGAAACCAAACUGGCGGAAAUUAACAACAAUUAUCAUUUCUAUUCAUCAAUCCCCUCAUUGGAAAAAGAAGUAGGUAACUGCAGUCCACAUUUUCUCAGUGCUUUUGAGGAUUCCUUCAGCAGCAUCCUCUCCACAGAAGAAUCCAGCCAGUUGACAGUGAACUCAUUAACUUCAAAUGCCACAGUAAAUACAGAUUUUGGUGAUGAAUUUUAUUCCGCUUUCAUAGCAGAGCCCAGUACCAGCAACAGCAUGCCCUCCUCUGCUACUUUAAGCCAGUCACUCUCUGAACUUCUAAACGGGCCCAUUGAUAUCUCUGAUCUAUCACUUUGUAAAGCCUUCAACCAAAACCACCCUGAAAGUGCAACAGCAGAAUUCAAUGAUUCUGACUCUGGCAUAUCACUGAACACAAGUCCCAGCAUGGCAUCACCUGAACACUCAGUGGAAUCUACCAUCUGUGGAGACACACUGCUUGGCUUCAGUGAUUCUGAAAUGGAAGAAAUAGAUAGUUCUCCUGGAAGUGUCAAACAGAAGGGUCCUAAAACACAGCCAGUAAGGCCUUCUGGGGAUACAGUCCAACCCUUGUCAUCAUCUCGGAGGAACAGUGCUCCAGUGUGUGAUGCCCAGUGUGAAAAUACACCAAAGAAAGAAGUGCCUGUAAGUCCUGGUCAUCGAAAAACCCCAUUCACAAAAGACAAACAUUCAAGCCGCUUGGAGGCUCAUCUCACAAGAGAUGAGCUACGGGCAAAAGCUCUCCAUAUCCCAUUCCCUGUAGAAAAAAUCAUUAACCUCCCAGUUGAUGACUUCAAUGAAAUGAUGUCCAAGGAGCAAUUCAACGAGGCUCAACUUGCAUUAAUUAGAGACAUACGUAGGAGGGGUAAGAAUAAAGUGGCUGCUCAGAACUGCAGAAAAAGAAAACUGGAAAAUAUAGUGGAACUGGAGCAAGAUUUAGAUCAUUUAAAAGAUGAAAAAGAAAAAUUGCUCAAAGAAAAAGGAGAAAAUGACAAAAGCCUCCAUCUACUGAAAAAACAACUCAGCACCUUGUAUCUUGAAGUCUUCAGCAUGCUACGUGAUGAAGAUGGAAAGCCGUACUCCCCAAGUGAAUACUCCUUGCAGCAAACGAGAGAUGGCAAUGUAUUCCUUGUUCCCAAAAGUAAGAAGCCAGAUACUAAGAAAAACUAGAUUUGAGCAGAUCUUACCUUUUCUGAGCUAGUGGGUUUUUUUUGGUUGUUGUACUGUUAUACUAAAAGCUCCUACUGUGAUGUGAAAUGCAGAAAUAUACUUUAUAAGUAAUUCUAUGCAAAAUUAUAGUCAAAACUAGUGUAGAAAAUAUAAAACUUUAAAAAGCAUUAAAAUAAGUUAUCAGUAUGCUGAAUCAGUAGUUUCACUUUAACUGCAAACUUAAUUUCUAAAAACACCAUUGGGGCUAGUUUCUAUAUACAUGUAAAUACUACAAAAACUCCUUAUUUAUACUGUUCUUAUCUCAUUUGUUACUUUCAUAGAUUUAUAUGAUACAUCUGGCUAAAAGCAAAUUGCUGCAAAACUAACCACUGUACUUUUUUAAAUAAAUACUGUAUGAACAAAAAAAUGGCAUUUUUUAUAUUAAAUUGUUUAGCUCUAGCAAAAGACAAUUUAGUUGAAAAGCUGGUACUAAUAAAGGAAUAUUAUGACCGUUAAA